GCGGCGGCCCCGGUGCAGCUCGGGGUGUCGGACCGCAGCGGAGGGAGGAGGCGGCUGGCGACCUGCUUUUUGUCUUCCUUUGCAUGGCACCAGCCAUCCAUCAGGCAGUCCAUCACCUGCUCCCGCCUUGCUGUCUCAGCAAGAAUCCUCACAAGCAGGCAAAGAAAGUGUGUUUGGAGCAAAGCAGACAUAAACAAUGAGCGACGGGAUCAUGGGGAAAGCUGCCACGAUGGAGAUCACUAUACACAGCAACGGUGACAGUGCCCAGCUGCCAGAGGAUGACAGCCUGGAACAGGACCUCCAGCAGGUGAUGGUUUCUGGACCAAAUCUCAAUGAGACCAGUAUCGUUUCUGGAGGUUAUGGAGGGACAGCAGAGGGAAUCAUCGCCAGCGGCACUAUCAAAGCCAAGCUAGAGGCAGUAGAUCUUCCGUGGAAGCAAAGGGCAGUGGGAAGUCCCAAGGACGGAAAAUCCUUUUUCAAUCUGUUGCCGAAAGUCAGGAUUUGCAAACCUAGUGCUCCUGUGAAAACCCCUGCACCCUGCAGCCUCCUGAUCUCCCCCAGCAGGUCAGCGGCCAGCCGGAUAGCCAAUCAGGGCUGCUCAUCACCAGGGUCCAGUAAUGUUCACCAGACCCAGAGCCACUCGGUGACAGCGAGCAGCGAGCCCGCCCGUGGCAUCGCUGUGGAAAAGUUUGACGUUGUGAAAAAGUGGGGGAUUAACACCUACAAGUGCACCAAACAGCUGAUCUCGGAGCGUUUCGGACGGGGCUCUCGCACUGUCGACCUGGAGCUGGAAGCACAGAUUGAGGUGCUCAGGGACACCAAGCGCAAGUAUGAGAAUGUGCUGCGUCUGUCGCGUGCCCUCACCACUCACUUUUACAGCCUUGUGCAGACCCAGCGAGCCCUGGGAGAGGCUUUUUCUGACCUCAGCCAGAAAUCCCCGGAACUGCAGGAGGAGUUUGGAUACAACGCUGAGACUCAGAAACUACUCUGCAAGAAUGGGGAGACACUACUUGGUGCUGUCAAUUUCUUUGUGUCCAGUAUCAACACCCUUGUCAACAAAACCAUGGAGGAUACUCUGCUCACAAUCAAACUCUUCGAGAAUGCCAGGCUGGAAUAUGAUGCUUACCGCACAGACCUGGAGGAGCUGAACCUGGGUCCUCGGGACCCCGUCACACUACCAAAGAUCGACCUGGCGCAGCAGCUGUACGCGGUGCACAAGGAGAAGUAUGAGCGGUUACGCAGUGACGUCACUAUCAAGCUGAAAUUCCUGGAGGAGAACAAGGUGAAAGUAAUGCAUAAACAACUUCUCCUCUUCCACAACGCCAUCUCUGCCUACUUUGCGGGCAACCAGCAGCAGUUGGAGCAGACGCUGAAGCAGUUUAACGUGAAGCUGAAAGCGCCGAGCUCAGAGAAGCCAUCCUGGCUGGAGGAGCAGUGAAGGUUCAGCGAUAGGCAAGUGCGAUGUUCCAGCAUUAGUGGCAGCACCAAACACAGACAGCUGCAUUAAAGAGACCAACACAAACACCUGUCCAAGGCUUGUCUGUUUGAUCCAACUCAAACAUGUUAGAAAUUUAGGGAAAUUUCCUCGUUGCUUCAAGUUGAAUCAUUUCCGAUUUCAUGCCUUCAUAAUCUUCCUACAAAAUAUAACACUAUGGAGCAAUGGGAGAGUGUGUGACCCCCUCCCAACAAAGCCCUGGUUUGUACAUAAACUGACUCAAGAGGCAGCCCUCUCUUGCCACUCCCCAGCCUCUCGGCCUUGUGCUAUUGUACCAGGCAGGGUAGGUAUCUCCCUCCUGGCACCCCCUUCCCCACCAACCUCUUAGCCUUGCGCUGUUGUUGUAUCUGUCAGGGCAGGCAUCUCUCUCCUGCACCCCCACCCCCCAACCUCUUAGCCUUGUGCUAUUGUUGUAUCUGUCAGGGCAGGCAUCUUUCUCUUGCACCCCCACCCCCCAACCUCUCGGCCUUGUGCUGUUGUUGUACCAGGCAGGGUAGGCAUCUUUCUCCUGCAACCCCCCCACCGGGCCUUGGGGCUGUUGUACCUGGCAGUGGUGACGGUUCUCUCCUGACACCCCCUCUUUCACCACCCCUAAUCUCUUAGCCUUGGGGCUGUCGUCAUACCUGGGAAUUGGGCAGUUUCAGUGGGAGCUGACUUGUGGUGAUGGGGUUCGCUGGUCACAACCACUGUGGGCAGUCAGUCGGAUCUGGUACAUUUUAGUGCCGAGCUGCCCCAUUGCAGGGGUGCAGGGUGGGGAGGGUUUGGCUAGGCAUAGACCGCCUCAGGUGGAUAUACACCUGGAGCUGACACAGACCAGCAGAUGGGUGAUUUCCGCCGCUGUGUGCUAAGACUAAGGGGAGUUAUGAUCCACUGGUAACGGGAUCCCUGGUUUUGGAAUUGUUAGCAGGGUGUGGGUUCUGUGUGUAUUAAAAAUUAUCUAUAACUACAUUUUCUGUACUGCGCUGUUUGUGAUUAUUUAAAUUUAUUAAUAUAUAAAGAAACACAUUCUGGUAUAGAGUGGAUUUACUGGAAGUUGGUCCAUUGAGGGUUUGUGGGGGUUGGAGACAACUUGCCUCGCACACAGUGGUCCCGUCCUAUCAGUGGACUAUUACAUAUUUCCAGAAUUUUGUUUUAUAAUCUCAUUAUCAAGUGGGGCAUUUUUUUAAAGUUUCACUUCCAUCACAAUUGGAGGGAUUAAACUGUGAGUUGCUCAA